UCUUCAUUCAGUGUACCAGUUAACUUGGUCAAAGUAGCAUCGUCAGAAUGAAGCAAGGAAAAUUGGAGCAGAAGCGCAGUAAACUGGAGCAAUUGCUUAACAUCCAUGAGCCAAAUUAUCUGGAUAGUACUUUUCAAGAGCUUUUGCCCGAUUAUGGUAAAGGUUCCCUUUUAAGCGAAAAAUGGAUUAAGUGGAUCAAAAUGGUUUUACUGGGCAUUCUCAUUUUAUUAGUAGUGAAAUACUACUAUGAGCAAAUGCAGGGAAAGAACUGCGCUCUGUCGUUGCCACGCAACUUGCGUUACGCCUUCCGGCCGCCUGAAAAUUGUAAUUUCUGUUCGAAUAUUAGAAAUGUGCCGCGUCUUCAAAAUCUCAGCCCCCAAGAGUUUGAGGAAAAAUUCGCGUACAGUGCAGCGCCUGUUAUUAUUAGUGAUGCCACCAAAAAUUGGACUGCAGUUUCGUUAUUUAACUACUGGUAUUUUCGCGAUGUUUAUACCAAGGCCAAGCAAAAGCAGCACAUCAGGGAAUGCCAGUUCCUGCCAUAUACAACCGGAUUUUUUGAUAUCUAUGACGCUUUGGACAUGCCUGAGGAUCGGGUGGAGCUGAAACCUGGCGAACAGCCCUGGUACUUCGGCUGGAGCAACUGCCAUGCGGAAACCGCAGAGGAGUUCCGUAGGCACUAUGGCAGACCAUAUUUUCUGCCCGAAGGCUCAGAAAACAAUGCAGUCGACUGGUUUUUCAUCGGCUCAUCCGGCUUGGGUGCUCAAAUGCAUAUUGACAACGUGAGAUUGCCAUCGUGGCAGGCUCAGCUGGCGGGCAGCAAGCGGUGGCUACUGGUUCCACCUCCCGAGUGCUACCUGCAGUGCCAGAGAUUCGACGUGGUGGUCCAGCAGGGCGACAUAAUUGUGUUGGACACGAACAAAUGGUACCACCAGACCUUUGUGCAGCCGGGAGCCAUCAGUCUGACCAUUGGAGCUGAGUACGACUAGAGUUGGCCGGCUGCAUGCAGUUUUUCCUCGUGACAGGAAGCGGCUGCCCAAACAUCUCCGUUCGGAGUCGGACAAAAAUAUGGCCAACUGUUACUGUUACAGUAACAAACUUAACUUUAACAUUGCCAUAUUACUCUGCUUUUGCCAGCCGGUUUGUUAAUUAAACUCCAAAAA